GCCCCCCCACUGGAGGGGGAGGCGCUUGGGGGGGGCCCCCCCUUCGACCCACGGCGGCUCCGGUUCUCGCAGGACGAGCUGCGGCCCCAGCCCAUCGCCAGGAAGGCGCGGAAGGUGCACGUGCCCGAGGAGCAGAAGGACGAGCGGUACUGGAGCCGGCGCAGCCGCAAUAACGCGGCGGCGAAGCGCUCGCGGGACGCGCGGCGGCUCAAGGAGAACCAGAUCUCGGUGCGCGCGGCCUUUCUGGAGCGGGAGAACGCGGCGCUGAGGCAGGACGUGGCCGCGGCCCGCAGGGAGCUGGCGCGAUUCCGGGGGCUCCUGGCGCGCUACGAGGCCCGGCACGGGGCGCUCUGAGAGCUGGUAAUGGG